AUGACUGGAGUACAAACAUUAGUGCUUAUCACACAAAUGAAAGCCUUCUGCGGGAUUCGAAUCCGCGACCGCUGGCACAGAAGUAGAGAACUUGAAACAUUAACCAGACGAAGUUAUUUCAACAAUGUAAACGUCGUCGAGCAACUUUAUGCAGAAGCUGCAAUGAAUCUGGCACGGGCGCUUCGCCGGCUCGCCAGCGCGCGUUAUUUACGAGGGGGUGGCCCGGCGCCCGACUCCCGCGGCACCCGAGAUAGCGCCUUCCCCGGAAGAGCCGCCGCCGCGAUCGCCGCGCGACAGAUCCGCACCGCCCGCGCCGAUCUAGCUCUUCCACCGACGACACUAGCUACACUCUGCCCUCCUAUAUGUCCUUGUGCCACCACAGUACCUCGCCUACACUCGUGCAGAUUGCCAGCCCGUAACUGGCGCUUUAAACUACAUUCCGACUUAAACUCUAUUGGCUGCUCUAUAGGACACAAUUGUUCCGCUAACACGCGGCUGCUUUCUGGCGACCGAAUA